UGCUGGGGUUUAGAAACCGCCGCAUCCUUUCUCUGAUCUAAUUGUCAGUCGUGAUUUCGCUGGUGGACGUGCAGUCGCCCUCGCACCCCUCCUGCGUCGUGAGUCCCAUCCCAGCCAAUCAGAUCGUGAGGAAGAAUCCGCUGCUACUCUCUUCCUGAUUCCGCCCAUUCAUCAGCACCGCGGACUGUCACGAGCGCCUUCUCUGUCGAAUGAACAAGAGAGAGCAGUACCCUUGCACACGGUUAGGCCAGAUAAAGGUAAGAUGAAGACUUUCAAUUCUUUAGCGGAAUUCGUUUUUUUUAGUUAUGACUAUAAUUGCUUCUUGUCUCAAAUCGUGUGAAAAAUAUCCGCUACUUUCUGAUUAUUUGUCUGAUGCCAUUGUAGGCCCUACAUGAUUUCCCCUUCAUCAUAUUACCGAAAAUGACGAGUGCUCUCAGACAGUGCUCUAAAUCUUUGGUCUUUUGGCUUUUCAUUUUCAAGCUAUUAAAGACAUGAUGGUGCCUGGCCACGGCUUGCAGCCUGGUAGCUAGUCUAUUUUUAACCCGUCCCGUCAGCUGGCGAGAUGUCACUCCAUUUAGAAACGGCAGUGAGGGGAAAGGAAAGGGCGUCAAGUUGCAACCACACAGCUAGAUAACAGUGUUUUAUUAGUACUGAAAUACUCUGCCACACCUUCCUGUACCUUUUUGAUAGAUAAAGACAGUUCACUACUCAUUCGUUGCUUGUCAUGGGGCGGCUAAGUGCGUUUGGCCAGUAACCGAUCCCCGAUCCGGCAAGGUGGACAUAUCUGCUGUUCUGCCCUUGAGCAAGGCAGUUAACCCCCAACAAGUGCUCUCCGGGCGCCAAUGACGUGGACAUCGAUUAAGGCAGCCUCCCCGCACCUCUCUGAUUCAAAGGGGUUGGGUUGAAUGCGGAAGACACAUUUUCAGUUGCGCAACUGACUAGGUAACCCCCUUUGCCCAUUCACUGGUAUGCAGUGUGGCCAGCUACCAGUUUCUGGCUGCUAUGGUGGACAGAAUAUUAAAUGUAGCAAUCUGUUGCAGAUACAAUGUAGCCAACUGUGGUUACUUUGUGGUUCCCUUUCAGAGAUGCUAUGAAAUCAGUGUUUCCAUUACACACCGAAGAUAAAUGUUGAAAUACAUUGUUUAAUUUCUAUUUGUUCAAGUUAAUCAUUAAACUAGGGAGAACACACUGCAAAAUAGUUAUUGUCAUACCCAGAGAUAAAUGAAAAACAGGCGAAGCAAGAAGUUGAAUUGAAUCCUUGAAUGUGAAGUAUUUUAUUAUUUAUUUCAGUGUGAGGAAGCCAUUUUAUAGUAGCCAAUCAGCAGGUUCUAUCCCUCCAUCUCCAUUUUAUAGUAGCCUAUCAGCAGGUUCUAUCCCUCCAUCUCCAUUUUAUAGUAGCCUAUCAGCAGGUUCUAUCCCUCCAUCUCCAUUUUAUAGUAGCCUAUCAGCAGGUUCUAUCCCUCCAUCUCCAUUUUAUAGUAGCCUAUUAGCAGGUUCUAUCCCUCCAUCUCCAUUUUAUAGUAGCCUAUCAGCAGGUUCUAUCCCUCCAUCUCCAUUUUAUAGUAGCCUAUCAGCAGGUUUAACUCUGUCUUUCUCCAUCUCUGCACACUGAGACAAGGGGGAAAAACCCCAUGUAUGUUUAGCUACAUGUUAUAAGUAAUGUGUUAUAGCUGUGUUAUUAUUACUACCACAGGAUUACGUUCUGUUUCUUUAAACGUCAGCUCACUUUAGGUGCUGUGUGGUCCCAACUGUAGGCUAAAGAUUGACUCCUGACCAGUGUUGUGAGUGCUAUGGAGAGGAGGGUCCUGUCUGUGUCUAUGUCUAUGUAUGUUCAUGCAGGGCCCACAUUGGCUCUUCUUCCCUUUCUGUGCUUUGUAGCCAGCGGCAAGUUUCCACACUAUGGACAUUUAAUGCCAGAGCAUUUUCCAUUGGUCCAGCAGGGGUUGGUUGGUGGGGGCUUUAGUGGCUGAGGCUGGAACAUGGGGUUCUUUCAUCAGGGAAAGUCAGAUAAAAACCGAUGAAUGAAAAUCCAUAGUCUGUGUGCAGAACAGUCUAGUACAAGGCAGGGCAGGGCAGGCCCGGACCUCAACCUGGUCUAAAAUCGGAUAAAACAGUGAAUGAAAAUCCAUCACUUAUGUUCUGUAUUGGGGGAACACAGUCCCAUUGCACCCGGGGCAUCUGCAAAAAGACUGAAUAUAGAGCCUUGAUGUGGUCUAAAAAUCUCUCUUCUCCACACAUUUCAUAGUAGGGUAAUGUUCAGGACAGUCCUAUUACAGACGUCAGAGUAAAGGCUGUUUCAUAGUAGGGUAAUGUUCAGGACAGUCCUAUUACAGACGUCACAGUAAAGGCUGUUUCAUAGUAGGGUAAUGUUCAGGACAGGCCAAUUACAGACGUCACAGUAAAGGCUGUUUCAUAGUAGGGUAAUGUUCAGGACAGUCCUAUUACAGACGUCAGAGUAAAGGCUGUUUCAUAGUAGGGUAAUGUUCAGGACAGUCCUAUUACAGACGUCACAGUAAAGGCUGUUUCAUAGUAGGGUAAUGUUCAGGACAGUCCUAUUACAGACGUCAGAGUAAAGGCUGUUUCAUAGUAGGGUAAUGUUCAGGACAGUCCUAUUCCAGACGUCAGAGUAAAGGCUGUUUCAUAGUAGGGUAAUGUUCAGGACAGUCCUAUUACAGACGUCAGAGUAAAGGCUGUUUCAUAGUAGGGUAAUGUUCAGGACAGGCCAAUUACAGACGUCAGAGUAAAGGCUGUUUCAUAGUAGGGUAAUGUUCAGGACAGUCCUAUUACAGACGUCAGAGUAAAGGCUGUUUCAUAGUAGGGUAAUGUUCAGGACAGGCCAAUUACAGACGUCAGAGUAAAGGCUGUCUCAUAGUAGGGUAAUGUUCAGGACAGUCCUAUUACAGACGUCACAGUAAAGGCUGUUUCAUAGUAGGGUAAUGUUCAGGACAGGCCAAUUACAGACGUCACAGUAAAGGUAUCCUAAGUUCUGAAAUGGCUUUGAACCAAAAGUACACGUUGUGCUGUAUUUCCCCUGUAAAGUGUUAUAUGUACCCGCCAAAGCCUAGGCAAUGUCAUGUGUCGUCAGCUAGUAAUUUGCUUUGUCGUAUGAAAAAUACUUGGAUGCAGCAAUCGAUUUAGGCCUGCGACACGCAUGAGUCAGCAGAAAACAUUGGUGCAGUAAAAUGUCAGGUGAGACGGGCUACCUUCACAUCUUAACCCAAGUGUCAUUUGACCAAGUCAUGCUGCAGAGAUCGAUGCUUCAGCCCCGUGAGAAUCACCCAUACGUAUUUUACAAGGACACACCCAUGCUUUGGCCCCGUGAGAAUCACCCAUACGUAUUUUACAAGGACACACCCAUGCUUUGGCCACCCAGACUGCAGUAACUUUGUACAGGUUUUUUUACACGUGGGCUGGCAUCACAUGACAUUUUCCACAGUAUUAUCUGCACAGGUCUGCCAACUAGUUUCCCCAUAGCAGUGGGUACAUAGGUGCAGGCAGUGGACUUUUAUGUUGACUUUAUGCUUUUAUGAUUUUGUGUUUAAUGCUUUCGUUUUUUUUAUAAUGUAAUCUUUUCUGUUUUUAUACUGUUGGAUUCUGUCAUUGAGCAUUUCAAAUGUUGCCAAGUCACUGUCCUGACUCACUGUCCUGAUUCACUGUCCUGACUCACUGUCCUGACUCACUGUCCUGAUUCACUGUCCUGAUUCACUGUCCUGACUCACUGGCCUGACUCACUGUCCUGACUCACUGUCCUGAUUCACUGUCCUGACUCACUGUCCUGAUUCACUGGCCUGACUCACUGUCCUGAUUCACUGUCCUGAUUCACUGUCCUGACUCACUGUCCUGAUUCACUGUCCUGACUCACUGUCCUGACUCACUGUCCAGACUCACUGUCCAGACUCACUGUCCUGACUCACUGUCCUGACUCACUGGCCUGACUCACUGGCCUGACUCACUGUCCUGACUCACUGUCCUGAUUCACUGGCCUGACUCACUGUCCUGACUCACUGUCCUGAUUCACUGUCCUGACUCACUGUCCUGAUUCACUGUCCUGAUUCACUGUCCUGACUCACUGGCCUGACUCACUGGCCUGACUCACUGUCCUGACUCACUGUCCUGAUUCACUGUCCUGACUCACUGUCCUGAUUCACUGUCCUGACUCACUGUCCUGAUUCACUGGCCUGACUCACUGUCCUGAUUCACUGUCCUGAUUCACUGUCCUGAUUCACUGUCCUGACUCACUGUCCUGACUCACUGUCCUGAUUCACUGUCCUGACUCACUGGCCUGACUCACUGUCCUGAUUCACUGUCCUGACUCACUGUCCUGAUUCACUGUCCUGACUCACUGUCCUGACUCACUGUCCUGACUCACUGUCCUGAUUCAUUGUCCUGACUCACUGUCCUGAUUCACUGUCCUGACUCACUGUCCUGACUCACUGUCCUGACUCACUGUCCUGAUUCACUGUCCUGACUCACUGGCCUGACUCACUGUCCUGAUUCACUGUCCUGACUCACUGUCCUGAUUCACUGUCCUGACUCACUGUCCUGACUCACUGUCCUGACUCACUGUCCUGAUUCACUGUCCUGAUUCACUGUCCUGACUCACUGUCCUGACUCACUGUCCUGACUCACUGUCCUGACUCACUGUCCUGACUCACUGUCCUGAUUCACUGUCCUGACUCACUGUCCUGACUCACUGUCCUGACUCACUGUCCUGAUUCACUGUCCUGAUUCACUGUCCUGACUCACUGUCCUGACUCACUGUCCUGACUCACUGUCCUGACUCACUGUCCUGAUUCACUGUCCUGACUCACUGUCCUGACUCACUGUCCUGACUCACUGUCCUGAUUCACUGUCCUGACUCACUGUCCUGACUCACUGUCCUGAUUCACUGUCCUGACUCACUGUCCUGACUCACUGUCCAGACUCACUGUCUCAGACUCACUGUCCUGACUCACUGUCCUGACUCACUGUCCCCAUGUCCAGACUCACUGUCCUGACUCACCUGGCCCUGACUCACUGGCCUGAACUCACUGUCCUGACUCACUGUCCUGCUUCACUGUCCUGACUCACUGUCCUGAUUCACUGGCCUGACUCACUGUCCUUGAUUCACUGUCCUGAUUCACUGUCCUGAUGCACUGUCCCGACUCACUGUCCUGACUCACUGUCCUGAUUCACUGUCCUGACUCACUGUCCUGACUCACUGUCCUGAUUCACUGUCCUGACUCACUGUCCUGAUUCACUGUCCUGACUCACUGUCCUGACUCACUGUCCUGACUCACUGUCCUGAUUCAUUGUCCUGACUCACUGUCCUGAUUCACUGUCCCUGACUCACUGUCCUGACUCACUGUCCCUGACUCACUGUCCUGAUUCACUGUCCUGACUCACUGUCCUGACUCACUGUCCUGACUCACUGUCCUGAUUCACUGUCCUGAUUCACUGUCCUGACUCACUGUCCCUGACUCACUGUCCUGAUUCACUGUCCUGACUCACUGUCCUGACUCACUGUCCUGACUCACUGUCCUGAUUCACUGUCCUGAUUCACUGUCCUGACUCACUGUCCUGAUUCACUGUCCUGACUCACUGUCCUGACUCACUGUCCUGACUCACUGUCCUGAUUCACUGUCCUGAUUCACUGUCCUGACUCACUGUCCUGACUCACUGUCCUGACUCACUGUCCUGACUCACUGUCCUGACUCACUGUCCUGACUUCAGACCUAGAUCCUCACUGAGGGCUAGUGUGUAGAUGUCAAUACUUCUGAUGUCUUCGACAUUUACUUCUCUCCCAUCCUCCUUCCUCUCCUCUCUCCCAUCCUCUUCCUCUCCUCUCUCCCAUCCUCUUCCUCUCCUCUCUCCCAUCCUCUUCCUCUCCUCUCUCCCAUCCUCUUUCUCUCCUCUCUCCUCUCCUGUGUAGUUCCAGAACCAUGUCCAUCCUGAAGAUUCACGCUCGUGAGAUUUUCGACUCCCGUGGAAACCCCACCGUGGAGGUCGACCUGUACACCAAGAAAGGUAAGAGAUUAUACUGGAGCAGGGCAGUUUGCAUAGUUUAAGCAACAUUGCAUGCAUGCACAUACCCAAUGGACAGAGUGAGUUAGCUCCAGGCUAGUCCCUCUCCAACGGACAGAGUGAGUUAGCUCCAGGCUAGUUCCUCUCCAACUGGCAGAGUGAGUUAGCUCCAGGCUAGUCCCUCUCCAACUGGCAGAGUGAGUUAGCUCCAGGCUAGUCCCUCUCCAACUGGCAGAGUGAAUUAGCUCCAGGCUAGUCCCUCUCCAACUGGCAGAGUGAGUUAGCUCCAGGCUAGUCCCUCUCCAACGGGCAGAGUGAAUUAGCUCCAGGCUAGUCCCUCUCCAACGGGCAGAGUGAGUUAGCUCCAGGCUAGUCCCUCUCCAACGGGCAGAGUGAGUUAGCUCCAGGCUAGUCCCUCUCCAACGGGCAGAGUGAAUUAGCUCCAGGCUAGUCCCUCUCCAACGGGCAGAGUGAGUUAGCUCCAGGCUAGUCCCUCUCCAACGGGCAGAGUGAGUUAGCUCCAGGCUAGUCCCUCUCCAUCUGGCAGAGUGAGUUAGCUCCAGGCUAGUCCCUCUCCAACGGACAGAGUGAGUUAGCUCCAGGCUAGUCCCUCUCCAUCUGGCAGAGUGAGUUAGCUCCAAGCUAGUCCCUCUCCAACGGGCAGAGUGAGUUAGCUCCAGGCUAGUCCCUCUCUAACGGACAGAGUGAGUUAGCUCCAGGCUAGUCCCUCUCCAACUGGCAGAGUGAGUUAGCUCCAGGCUAGUCCCUCUCUAACGGACAGAGUGAGUUAGCUCCAGGCUAGUCCCUCUCCAACGGGCAGAGUGAGUUAGCUCCAGGCUCUCUCCAACUGGCAGAGUGAGUUAGCUCCAGGCUAGUCCCUCUCCAAACUGGCAGAGUGAGUUAGCUCCAGGCUAGUCCCUCUCCAACUGGCAGAGUGAGUUAGCUCCAGGCUAGUCCCUCUCCAACGGGCAGAGUGAGUUAGCUCCAGGCUAGUCCCUCUCCAACUGGCAGAGUGAGUUAGCUCCAGGCUAGUCCCUCUCCAUCUGGCAGAGUGAGUUAGCUCCAGGCUAGUCCCUCUCCAACGGGCAGAGUGAGUUAGCUCCAGGCUAGUCCCUCUCUAACGGACAGAGUGAGUUAGCUCCAGGCUAGUCCCUCUCCAACUGGCAGAGUGAGUUAGCUCCAGGCUAGUCCCUCUCUAACGGACAGAGUGAGUUAGCUCCAGGCUAGUCCCUCUCCAACGGGCAGAGUGAGUUAGCUCCAGGCUCUCUCCAACUGGCAGAGUGAGUUAGCUCCAGGCUAGUCCCUCUCCAACUGGCAGAGUGAAUUAGCUCCAGGCUAGUCCCUCUCCAACUGGCAGAGUGAGUUAGCUCCAGGCUAGUCCCUCUCCAACUGGCAGAGUGAGUUAGCUCCAGGCUAGUCCCUCUCCAACUGGCAGAGUGAGUUAGCUCCAGGCUAGUCCCUCUCCAACUGGCAGAGUGAGUUAGCUCCAGGGUAAGGGUAGCCUAUAUCCUACAGUCGACUAGAGAGAUCUAGCAGAUCAGACGGAGUUGGGGGAGCAUAAAUAGCCCCCUGUUUGUAAUGGUCAUACAAAGAUAAAUACAGUAGGAUCAGUGUUUCCCCUAUAUUGAUUUAGCAGCGGUGCCCUGCUGAGACGUGCUUCUAAAGGGAUAGUGAGAGAUUGGCAAUUAAGCCCUUUUUCUACUCACCCAGAGUCAGAUGAACUGCAUGCAGUUUGAAGGAUGUUGCUAACUAGCUAUUCACUGAUAUGCAGUGUGGCCAACUACCAGUUGUUGGCUUCCAGAUAGUACUAGCGUGGACUGAAUACUAAAUGUUGCAAAUUUGUUGCAAGAUACAGUGUAGCCAACUGUGGUUACUUUGUGGUUCCCUUUCAGACAUGUUAAGAAAUCAAUGCUACUAUGUUUCCAUUGCACACUGAAAGUGGACUAGACAUAGUGCACGUUUACUAAGAUAAAUGUUUAAAUAAAUAGUUUAAUUUCUAUUUGUUAGAGUUAAUCAUUAAACUAGGGAGAACACACAGCAAAAUAUGUCUUGUCAUACCCAGAGAUAAAUGAAAAACAGGCGAAGGCAAGAAGUUGAAUUGAAUCCUUGAAUGUGAAGUAUUUUAUUAUUUAUUUCAGUGUGAGGAAGCCAUUUUAUAGUAGCCAAUCAGCAGGUUCUAUCCCUCCAUCUCCAUUUUAUAGUAGCCUAUCAGCAGGUUCUAUCCCUCCAUCUCCAUUUUAUAGUAGCCAAUCAGCAGGUUCUAUCCCUCCAUCUCCAUUUUAUAGUAGCCAAUCAGCAGGUUCUAUCCCUCCAUCUCCAUUUUAUAGUAGCCAAUCAGCAGGUUGUCACGCUCGUUGAUAGACAGAUCGGACCAAGGUGCAGCGUGGUAUGCGUACAUAUUACUUUAUUAACUGAAUACAACUCAAACAAGAAAAUACAAACGAACGUGAAGUUCAACAGGCUGCACAAGCCAAAACAGAAACAAAGAUCCCACAACUAAGGUAGGCAAAAUGGCUACCUAAGUAUGAUCCCCAAUCAGAGACAACGAUCGACAGCUGCCUCUGAUUGGGAACCACACCCGGCCAAACAUAGAAAUACAACAUCUAGAAUUCCCACUCUGACCAAACCAACUAGAGAAAAACAGGGCUCUCAAGGUCAGGGCGUGACACAUGAUCGAUCCCUCCAUCUCCAAUCUGACACUUCCGGUUCCCAAAUGGCACCCUAUUCCCUAUAUAGUGCGCUACUUUUGAACUACUACUUUUAUUGCAUCCCUAUGAGCCCGUCCAAAAAGUAGUGCACUGUAUAGUGAAUAAGGUGCCAUUUGGGAUGCUGACCAUAGAUACAUGCAGUACAGAGUUCAGGGGCUUGACCCUGUAAGACAGUCCUUAGAGACCCUGUAAGACAGUCCUUAGAGACCCUGUAAGACAGUCCUUAGAGAGGCCCUAGAGGCCUAAAAGAUGCCGGGUUAAUACUUAUUAUACUGUAGCUUGUUUACCAGGAAUUAGUCAUUUUUUAUAAGUUUUUCUGGGGUAAUCACUGAAGUCUUCUAAUACUCUUCUUCGUGUGAAUUUUGAAGUAAUAUUAAAGUGUUGUUGAUCGUGCAGCACAGAACAUUACAGACCUGUCAUUUUGUAAUGCGAUUACGAUUAAUUGGAAAUCGAUACCUUACUUUCAAGAUGUAUUUUUUUUAUCACAACCAACCUAACAAUAUUCAACCAACUAACUAUGAAUAUCCAGAGUGGGAAUCGGGGUUCCGCUGCCCUUGUAAAGAGCGGAGUUCCUUUGUCAUUCUGCUCCGUGGGCUAAAACAAAGCAGUUAUUUCAACUUAAUGAAUGAAUGUCCUGAAUGUUAAUGAAGCUAUCUGAAUUAGGCCACCAGAGGAAGAGGAAAGGGGGGGGGGGGGGGGAGAGACAUGUUGGACUUGAAAUCCACCCCAAAAAAAGGGCCAAGUAUUUUCCCUUUGUCUUGCUCUCUUUUGACCGUUUGUGGGAAGGUUGCUAGGUGCUCUAAGCUACUAUAAAUAGCAGCUUCACGGUUUCUAGUUUAGGAUGGCUGGGAUCCUAACCUUGUCUCCCUCAACCAAGCCACAGCCUGAUUUAGCAUUGGAUGCGUCCCAUAUGGAACCCCCUGUUCCCUUUAGAGUGCACUAUUGUUUUGACCAAGGUCCAAAGGGAUUCCCACAGGGCUCUGUUCAAAAGUAGUGCACUAUAAAGGGAACAGGGUGCCAUUUGGGAUACACAUUGUGUUGUCUGCUGCUGUAUAAAAAAAGGGUUGGAUUGUUGGGCACAUGCAGAGAUGUAAUGUGUCUGCUGCUGUAUAACAUAAGGGGUUUGAAUUACAGUGUGUACUAGAAGGGCUGCAUCGUCCUUCUGUAUCUAUUUUCAGAUCCAGUAGUCAUCCUAUGGGAUGAGAGUAACUGUACUUUUUAAUGUAUAUUUUUUAUUUUAUUAAUAUUAUUUCAGUUUUAAUGUAUAUUUUUUAUUUUUAGAACAGACGGACGGCUGCCAACGAAACGCGUUUGUUUGUUCUGACCUCUGCUGCUAAAAGAAAUACAUUCAAAACUUUAAAGAAUAUUUAUUUCAGUGAGUGCAGGUUUUUUCUUUCUUUUGAACCCGGAAACCAAAUACCUUUUGUUUGCUAUAAACAUUAAGCUGAGCGCGCUAAUUUCUCUUUCUAUAAGAGUGACUGUCACGUCCUCUGAUGGGGUUUUCUAACCACUAUUAGUAGCUGGACAGAGGUAUCUAACAGAAUCUAGGCCUAUUAUAUAAAAAAAUAACCUUACUGAAUUCAGACAUACUGUAGAUGUGUCCAACAUGCAAUGUGUUGCAUGCUUUGUAUUGCUGCUUUGAUUGUAGUUGAUUUGAAAACAAGUGAAAUCACUAAGACUAAAUUAAUCUGAAUAGGUUUAUUUGGCUUGAGUGCAAGGGCUAUAUCAAGCAUCCCAUAGUUGAUUUCUUGAUGCAGAUGAUUUGAUAAGCCUGAACUCAUGGCCCAACUCAUGGCUCUCUGUGGUUAAGCUUUAAAUCCCUCCUGUUCUCAUGACCCCUGUCAUUGGUUUGAUCAACAUCUUUUUUUUGUUGUUGCCCAAUGAGCAGUUAGAAUCAAAUUUGCGCAUCCAGUAUCUUUCUUCACAUUGUUGAAUCCAAAAUGUCUGACCUUGGUGUGUGUCUGAGCCAGCAGUCACAUCCUGGGAAGCUGCUGCACUGUGUGUGUGUGUGUGUGUGUGUGUGUGUGUGUGUGUGUGUGUGUGUGUGUGUGUGUGUGUGUGUGUGUGUGUGUGUGUGAGCCAGCUGUCGCACCGGGAGGCUGCUACACUGUGUUUGUGUGUGUGUGUAUGUGUGUGUGUGUGUGUGUGUGUGUGUGUGAGCCAGCUGUCGCACCGGGAGGCUGCUACACUGUGUUUGUGUGUGUGUGCGUGUGUGCGUGUGUGUGUGGUGUGUGUGGUGUGUGUGUGGUGUGUGGUGUGGUGUGUGUGUGCGUGUUUAUGUGUGUGUGUGUGUGUGUGUGUGUGUGCGUGUGUGUGUGUGCGUGUGUUGCGUGUGUGUGUGCGUGUGUGUGCGUGCGUGCGUGUGUGUGCGUGUGCGUGUGUGUGCGUGUGUGUUUGAGCCAGCUGUCGCAUCGGGAGGCUGCUACACUGUGUUUGUGUGUGUGUGCGUGUGUGUGUGCGUGUGUGUGCGUGUGCGUGUGUGUAUGUGCGUGUGUGUGCGUGUUUCUGUGUGUGUGUGUGUGUGUGUGCGUGUGUGUGUGUGUGUGUGUGUGUGUGCGUGCGUGCGUGUGUGUGUGUUUGAGCCAGCUGUCGCAUCGGGAGGCUGCUACACCGCACAUGCUCAGUAGAGAACUUUUAUUCUCUGUCCAACCCUGUUACAUCACAUUGAUCUGCUUAGCAACCCCCCCCUGACCGAGGGGAUGCUUGCUGCUCAUUGGAUGAUUUUGAUUUCCUGUUGCUUUCACUAUGAACAACAAACAACCUCCAUACUACACUACAGUGCAUUCGGAAAGUAUUCAGACCCCUUAACUUUUUCCACAUUUUGUUACGUUACAGCCUUAUUCUAAAAUUGAUUAAAUUCAUUUUUUUCCUCGUCAAUAUACACACAAUACCCCAUAAUGACAAAGCGAAAACAGGUUUGUAUAAUACAAAAUAAUAAAAAGAUACCAUAUUUACAUAAGUAUUCAGACCCUUUGCUAUGAGACUCGAAAUUGAGUUCAGGUGCAUCCUGUUUCCAUUGAUCAUCCUUGAGAUGUUUCAACAACUUUGAUUGGAGUCCACCUGUGGUAAAUGUAAUUAAUUGGACAUGAUUUGGAAAGGCACACACCUGUCUAUAUAAUUUCCCACAGUUGACAGUGCAUGUCAGAGCAAAAACUAAGCCAUGAGGUCAAAAGGAAUUGUCCGUAGAGCUCUGAGACAGGAUUGUGUCGAGGCACAGAUCUGGGGAAGGGUACCAAAAAAUGUCUGCAGCAUUGAAGGUCCCCAAGAACACAGUGGCCUCCAUCAUUCUUAAAUGGAAGAAGUUUGGAACCACCAAGACUCUUCCUAGAGCUGGCCGCCCGGCCAAACUGAGCAAUCGGGGGAGAAGGGCCUUUGUCAGGGAGGUGACCAAGAACCGAUGGUCACUCUGACAGAGCUCCAGAGUUCCUCUGUGGAGAUGGGAGAACCUUCCAGAAGGACAACCAUCUCUGCAGCACUCCACCUAUCAGGCCUUUAUGGUAGAGUGGCCAGACGGAAGCCACUCCUCAGUAAAAGGCACAUGACAGCCCGCUUGGAGUUUGCCAAAAGGCACCUAAAGGACUGUAAGACCAUGAGAAACAAGAUUCUCUGGUCUGAUGAAACCAAGAUUGAACUCUUUGGCCUGAAUGCUGGAGGAAGCCUGGCACCAUCCCUAUGGGGAAGCAUGGUGGUGGCAGCAUCAUGCUGUGGGGGUCAGCGGCAGGGACUGGGAGACUAGUCAGGAUCGAGGGAAAGAUGAACAGAGCAAAGUACAGAGAGAUCCUUGAUGAAAACCUGCUCCAGAGCGCUCAGGACCUCAGACUGGGGCGAAGGUUCACCUUCCAACAGGACAACCGCCCUAAGCACACAGCCAAGACAACGCAGGAGUGGCUUCGGGACAAGUCUCUGAAUGUCCUUGAGUGGCCCAGCCAGAGCCCAGACUUGAACCCGAUCGAACAUCUCUGGAGAGACCUGAAAAUAGCUGUGCAGCGAUGCUCCCCAUCCAACCUGACAGAGCUUGAGAGGAUCUGCAGAGAAGAAUGGGAGAAACUCCCCAAAUACAGGUGUGCCAAGCAUGUAGCAUCAUACCCAAGAAGACUCAAGGCCUGUUUUUGCUUUGUCAAUAUGGGGUAUUAUGUAUAGGUUGACUAGGAAAAAAAACAAUUUAGUGAAUUUUAGAAUAAGGCUGUAAUGUAACAAAAUGUGGAAAAAGUCAAGGGGUCUGAAUACUUUCUGAAUGCACUGUAUAUUGCCAAAAUGACAAAAUAUGAUUUUCAGGAUGGAUAUCUAUGGAUAUGAGAGUUUUUUCUGGAUGAGUAUGGAGCUUAGUUGGUGGGCGUGGCAGUGGGCGUGGCCAAUGGCUCGGUCGCUGACCAAACAUUUUAGAGGCCUUCUUCUUGACAAUCGAGACAAAAUGUUGCUGUUUUAAAGCUAAUUUCCUAACAUUCUACACAUAAAAUCAAAUUUUAUUUCUCACAUGCUUCGUAAACAGCAGGUGUAGACUAACAGUAAAAUGCGUACUUCAGGGUCCUUUUCCAACAGUGUAGAGUUAAAGAUAAAACAUAUAUAUAUAUAUAUAUAUUACAAUUAAAACAUUUGCAGUUUUAAAGCUGAAUUCCUGCAGUUCUACACAAAUGCUGUGUUCUUAUGCUAUCUGAGUGACUCAAACAUUAUAACAAAAAUCAAUGGGGGCCCCAUGCCAUGACAAAAAUACUUCUGAAUGCAUCAUUUUUUAACUUUUAAAUUCUCAUUGACUGUCUAGUUUUUAUUUUGGUGAUUUGUUAGUUCUCAAAGAUGAUCGUAUUUAAAAAAUAUAUUGCUCCUUUAUCUUUUCUACAUACUUUAUAUCUGGGUUUUAGUUCACAAUUAUUUUUACUGUUUGGACUUAGUCUGCCCGAAAAAAAACACUACUAUAGCAUGUAGAAAAACCUCUGAAUAUUCAUAAUAUGGAUGUAUUAAGGUCGGUUCAGGGCUGCAGUGACAAACAUUUUGAGGAUGGAUAUUUCUGAUAUGAAUUUCUUUAAUUAUGGGGUAUUGAAUUUCUUUAAUUAGGAUGCAACAGCCAGCCUCCUGCAGUGAGUCGGGAAAUGAAUUUGAAACACAAUAGAGUCGUUAAAAUCCUCUGUGUUCUCCAGGUCUGUUCAGGGCUGCCGUCCCCAGCGGUGCCUCUACUGGUAUCUAUGAAGCUCUGGAGCUCCGCGACAACGACAAGACACGCUACCUGGGCAAAGGUACGCUUUGAUUUCCAAUGGCCUUAUAGUACAAAGCCCCCUCUUUGAAUGUAUGUCCUUAAAGUACAAAUCCCCCUCUUUGAAUGUAUGUCCUUAAAGUACAAAGCCCCCUCUUUGAAUGUAUGUCCUUAAAGUACAAAGCCCCCUCUUCAAAAAUGUUCCGUUACAUCAUUCCUUUCUGACACUUCAUCAAUCUUUCCUCCUCUGUCAGGGGUGAAAAGAGCUGUUAAAUAUAUUAAUGAGUUCUUGGCUCCAGCACUGUGUAACCAGGUAAAUACACAGUGUGGAGUAACAACAGGAGUGACACAGAAAUAACACUGAAAUGAACUGGAGUUGAUGAAAGCAUGACUUUUGAGUGGGUUAGCUUUGAUUUGACAACGUAACUAACCUCUGUGGCAGGCAUUCACAGAUGAUCACAGAUAAACCAUUAUUACCCCCCACUGAAAUAUAUUGACUAGAACGGACAUUCCCAUUCAAGUCAGCGUUCCGUGAUGGGUGGGUCGACUGGCAGACCUUUUGUCAUUCUAUUUUUUUGUGAUUACCCCCAUGAUCCCAAUAGUGGAUCAUUCCACUUGACGUUUGUUUAACCAGCCUAGUUGCUGCCACCCAAGCAGCCAGUCAUAGCGAGAGCUAAGGCUUGCUCUGUGAUCAUCUGGUACUGCCUGCUGCUCUUGCAUGGUCUACUUCUCCCUGGGUUGUGACGCUCUGCUUGUCCCUCUGCAGGUGUCUCAAAAGCUGUUGAUCAUAUCAAUAAAACUAUUGCACCUGCACUUGUUCGGCAGGUAGGAACAUUUACUGUUUGACUAACAUUGACAAUGUUGUACUAGUGUCAAGUAAGAGUUGCAUAGAGUUUACAGUAUGGCAUAGAGUUUACAGUAUGACAUAGAGUUUACAGUAUGACAUAGUUUACAGUAUGACAUAGAGUUUACAGUAUGGCAUAGAGUUUACAGUAUGACAUAGUUUACAGUAUGACAUAGAGUUUACAGUAUGACAUAGAGUUUACAGUAUGUCAUAGAGUUUACAGUAUGGCAUAGCGUUUACAGUAUGCCAUAGAGUUUACAGUAUGCCAUAGAGUUUACAGUAUGGUGUAGAGUUUACAGUAUGGCAUAUAGUUUACAGUAUGCCAUAGAGUUUACAGUAUGCCAUAGAGUUUACAGUAUGCCAUAGAGUUUACAGUAUGGUGUAGUGUUUACAGUAUGACAUAGAAUUGACAGUAUGGUGUAGAGUUUACAGUAUGGCAUAUAGUUUACAGUAUGGCAUAGAGUUUACAGUAUGGCAUAGAGUUUACAGUAUGACAUAUAGUUUACAGUAUGGCAUAGAGUUUACAGUAUGACAUAGAGUUUACAGUAUGUCAUAGAGUUUACAGUAUGACAUAGAGUUUACAGUAUGGCAUAGAGUUUACAGUAUGACAUAUAGUUUACAGUAUGGCAUAGAGUUUACAGUAUGGCAUAGAGUUUACAGUAUGGCAUAGAGUUUACAGUAUGGUGUAGAGUUUACUGUAUGACAUAGAGUUUACAGUAUGACAUAGAGUUUACAGUAUGGCAUAGAGUUUACAGUAUGGCAUAGAGUUUACAGUAUGGCAUAGAGUUUACAGUAUGGCAUAGAGUUUACAGUAUGGUGUAGAGUUUACUGUAUGACAUAGAGUUUACAGUAUGACAUAGAGUUUACAGUAUGACAUAGAGUUUACAGUAUGGUGUAGAGUUUACAGUAUGAUGUAGAGUUUACAGUAUGGCAUAGAGUUUACAGUAUGACAUAUAGUUUACAGUAUGAUGUAGAGUUUACAGUAUGGCAUAGAGUUUACAGUAUGAUGUAGAGUUUACAGUAUGAUGUAGAGUUUACAGUAUGGCAUAUAGUUUACAGUAUGGCAUAGAGUUUACAGUAUGAUGUAGAGUUUACAGUAUGGCAUAGAGUUUACAGUAUGGCAUAGAGUUUACAGUAUGAUGUAGAGUUUACAGUAUGGCAUAGAGUUUACUGUAUGACAUAGAGUUUACAGUAUGACAUAGAGUUUACAGUAUGACAUAGAGUUUACAGUAUGGCAUAGAGUUUACAGUAUGGCAUAGAGUUUACAGUAUGAUGUAGAGUUUACAGUAUGAUGUAGAGUUUACAGUAUGAUGUAUAGUUUACAGUAUGGCAUAGAGUUUACAGUAUGAUGUAGAGUUUACAGUAUGGCAUAUAGUUUACAGUAUGGUGUAGAGUUUACAGUAUGGCGUAGAGUUUACAGUAUGGUGUAGAGUUUACAUUAUGAUAUAUAGUUUACAGUAUGGUAUAGAGUUUACAGUAUGACGUAGAGUUUACAGUAUGGCGUAGAGUUUACAGUAUGACAUAUAGUUUACAGUAUGGCAUAGAGUUAACAGUAUGACAUAGAGUUUACAGUAUGGCAUAGAGUUUACAGUAUGACGUAGAGUUUACAGUAUGGCGUAGAGUUUACAGUAUGGUGUAGAGUUUACAGUAAGACUUAGAGUUUACAGUAAGACUUAGAGUUUACAGUAUGGCAUAGAGUUUACAGUAUGGCAUAUAGUUUACAGUAUGGCAUAGAGUUUACAGUAUGACAUAUAGUUUACAGUAUGGCAUAUAGUUUACAGUAUGGCAUAGAGUUUACAGUAUGGCAUAUAGUUUACAGUAUGGUAUAUAGUUUACAGUAUGACAUAUAGUUUACAGUAUGGCAUAUAGUUUACAGUAUGGCAUAGAGUUUACAGUAUGGCAUAGAGUUUACAGUAUGGCAUAGAGUUUACAGUAUGGUGUAGAGUUUACAGUAUGCCAUAGAGUUUACAGUAUGACAUAGAGUUUACAGUAUGGCAUAGAGUUUACAGUAUGGUGUAGAGUUUACAGUAUGCCAUAGAGUUUACAGUAUGCCAUAGAGUUUACAGUAUGGCAUAGAGUUUACAGUAUGGCAUAUAGUUUACAGUAUGGCGUAGAGUUUACAGUAUGACAUAUAAUUGACAGUAUGGUGUAGAGUUUACAGUAUGCCAUAUAGUUUACAGUAUGCCAUAUAGUUUACAGUAUGGUGUAGAGUUUACAGUAUAGCAUAUAGUUUACAGUAUGGCAUAGCGUUUACAAUAUGACAUAGAGUUUACAGUAUGGCAUAGAGUUUACAGUAUGUCAUGGAGUUUACAGUAUGGCAUAUAGUUUACAAUAUGACAUAGAGUUUACAGUAUGUCAUAGAGUUUACAGUAUGUCAUAGAGUUUACAGUAUGACAUAGAGUUUACAGUAUGGCAUAGAGUUUACAGUAUGGCAUAGAGUUUACAGUAUACUGCAGAGCUCCAUGGCUCUUUCAGCCUGCCUAGUAACCUGCCUAGUAACCUGCCUAGUAACCUGCCUAGUAACCUGCCUAGUAACACCUCAAGAUGCUGUGUGUAGUGUGUACUAGUGAGCCAUAAACGUCCUUCAAGCCUGGCGUUUUGAGCUAACCUGUUUGAACUUUGAACUAACCUUUUGUCUGUUUGUUUUCAGUUCCUCCCAUCUCUAACGGUGUGUCUGUCUGUCUGUCUGUCUGUCCUGUUGUUCAGGAUGUCAGCGUCGUGGAGCAGGAGAAGGUGGACAAGCUGAUGCUGGACAUGGAUGGCACAGAGAACAAGUGUAAGUUGGGUAACAGUUUGCUUAGAGCCUGCCGGUAUAAAGCUUUAUAAAUGGUUAUAAACAGGUAUGAGCCUUUAUAAUAAGGCAUAGAGAACACGUGAUAGUAAACCGCAUGUUUUUUAAACUUAUGUUUUACAGCUCAGUCCCACUUUCAAAGAAGAAUAAUUAAUAAAGGCUGUAUAGAGCAGUCAUAAAGGCUGUAUAGAGCAGUCAUAAAGGCUGUCUAGAGCAGUCAUAAAGGCUGUAUAGAGCAGUCAUAAAGGCUGUAUAGAGCAGUCAUAAAGGCUGUCUAGAGCAGUCAUAAAGGCUGUAUAGAGCAGUCAUAAAGGCUAGCAGUCAUAAAGGCUGUAUAGAGCAGUCAUAAAGGCUGUAUAGAGCAGUCAUAAAGGCUGUAUAGAGCAGUCAUAAAGGCUGUAUAAAGCAGUCAUAAAGGCUGUAUAGAGCAGUCAUAAAGGCUGUAUAGAGCAGUCAUAAAGGCUGUAUAGAGCAGUCAUAAAGGCUGUAUAGAGCAGUCAUAAAGGCUGUAUAGAGCAGUCAUAAAGGCUGUAUAGAGCAGUCAUAAAGUCUUUAUGAGCACUACAUGGAUGCUUCCAUUUCAUUUAUAAGAAAUGGCUAAAUGUAAGUUGCUUCUCUUGGCUUAUUUAUUAGUUGUGAAUAUUCAGCAGGCAGAGCAAAAAGUUAUGGUUAUGCAUAGGGACGCAUAGGUUAGGGUUAGGGAGGGUGAGGUAUAGGGGGGAUGAGGUUAGGGUUAGGGAGGGUGAGGUAUAGGGGGGAUGAGGUUAGGGUUAGGGAGGGUGAGGUAUAGGGGGGAUGAGGUUAGGGUUAGGGAGGGUGAGGUAUAGGGGGGAUGAGGUUAGGGUUAGGGAGGGUGAGGUAUAGGGGGGAUGAGGUUAGGGUUAGGGAGGGUGAGGUUAGGGGGGAUGAGGUUAGGGUUAGGGAGGGUGGAGUAUAUAGGGGGAUAGGUUCAGGGUUGGGGGGUGAGGUAUAGGGGGGAUGAGGUUAGGGUUGGGAGGUGAGGUUAGGGGGUGAGGUUAGGUUAGGGAGGGUGAGGUAUGCGGUGAGGUUAGGGUUAGGGAGGGUGAGGUAUAGGGGGGAUGAGGUUAGGGUUAGGGAGGUGAGGUAUAGGGGGGAUGGAGGUUAGGGUGAGGAGGGUGAGGUAUAGGGGGAGGGAUGAGGUUAGGGGUUAGGGCGGGUUGCGGUAUAGGGGGGGAUGAGGUUGGGGUUAGGGAGGGUGGGUAUAUGGGGGAAGGGUUACAUUUAGAUGUAGAGUUGGUGAACUGCCAUCCUGAACCAUUCAAAAUCUGCCGGCUGUACGCUGCCUUAUUUCUUCACAGCAUUGAGUUAACGUGGAGAUUCUAGUUACGCAGUACAUAUACAGUACACCAAUGUACUAGGCGUCAAUACAAAGACCCCAAAUAGCCUUUUGUUGUCCCCUUGAAGGGAAUAGAAGCUGUGUACAGAAAAGAGAAUAGAAGCUGUGUACAGAAAAUAGAAUAGAAGCUGUGUACAGAAAAUAGAAUAUAAACUGUAUGGGCUGCACUUAACCCCCCCCCCCCCACAGCUAAGUUUGGUGCCAAUGCCAUCCUGGGCGUGUCCCUGGCUGUGUGCAAGGCCGGGGCUGCUGAGAAAGGUGUCCCCCUGUACCGUCACAUCGCUGACCUCGCUGGCAACCCCGACGUCAUCCUCCCCGUCCCCGUAAGCCUGCUUUUACUUAUUAAAGAUUUGAUAUUUAUGUGACUGACCUUGGUUUGAACCCCGGUCUCCUGUUAGCAAUAAGUAUUUUAGCCCUCCAAACUAAAGCCUAGGCAUUGGCUUGGGGAGUUAACACAACCCUUCAGGUUUCAGACAACGCUACUCAUCACCCCAUAGUGGUUCACCCAAUCACCUCUUAUAUUUACAACAUGACUUUACUUAUCUUUAACUGUAAUUACCGAACCACCUCUUAUAUUUACAACAUUACUUUACUUAUCUUUAACUGUAAUUACCGAACCACCUCUUAUAUUUACAACAUGACUUUACUUAUCUUUAACUGUAAUUACCGAACCACCUCUUAUAUUUACAACAUUACUUUACUUAGCUUUAACUUUAAUUUGAAACUUAAGCUCAAACCUCUUCCGUCUCUGUCCAGGCCUUCAACGUGAUCAACGGAGGUUCCCACGCAGGCAACAAGCUGGCCAUGCAGGAGUUCAUGAUCCUCCCUGUAGGAGCCAGCACCUUCAAGGAGGCCAUGAGGAUCGGAGCUGAGGUCUACCACAACCUGAAGAACGUUAUCAAGAAGAAGUACGGCCAGGACGCCACUAACGUGGGAGACGAGGGAGGUUUUGCCCCUAACAUCCUGGAGAACAAGGAAGGUGAGAGAGAGAGAGAGAGAGAGAGAGAUGAGAGAGAGAGAGAGAGAGGAGAGAUGGAGAGAUGAUGGAGGUAGAGAUGGACGGAGGGAAGAGAGAGAGAUGGAGGGGUUGAGAGAUGGACGGAGGGAGAGAUGGACGGAGGGAAAGAGAGAGAUGGUGGGGUUGAGAGAUGGACGGAGGGAGAGACAGGGACGGAGGGGUUGAGAGAUGGACGGAGGGGUAGAGACAGGGAUGGAGGGAGGGAGGGGUGGUUAGAGAGGGGAUGGAGGGGUAGAGAGAGGGACGGAUGGAGGGGGUGAGAGAGGGAUGGAGGGGUAGAGAGAGGGAGGGAGGGAGGGGUUGAGAGAGAGAUGGAGGGGAAGAGAGGGGAGAGAUGGUUGAGAGAGGGAGGGAGGGGUUGAGAGAGGGAUGGAUGGAGGAAUGCCACUAACGUAGAAGACGAGGGAAUCUUCUCUUCCAACAUCCUGGAGAACAAGGAAGUAGAGUGACGAUGAGCGUCAGUCAGUUAAUCAAUCAGUUCAGAUGGACAAGGUAAAUCAGUCAGUUAAUCAAUCCGUUCAGAUUUGACAAGUAAGUCAGUCAGGUAAUCAAUCAGGGGGGGGUUUUUUUUUUUUCAGAUUGACAGUAAGUCAGUCAGUAAUCAAUCAGUCAGAUUGACAGUAAGUCAGUCGGUAAUCAAUCAGUCACAUUGACAGUAAGUCAGUCAGUUAAUCAAUCAGUCAGAUUGACAGUAAAUCAGUCAGUUAAUCAAUCAGUCAGAUUGACAGUAAGUCAGUCAGUUAAUCAAUCAGUCAGAUUGACAGUAAAUCAGUCAGUUAAUCAAUCAGUCAGAUUGACAGUAAGUCAGUCAGUUAAUCAAUCAGUCAGAUUGACAGUAAUUCAGUCAGUUAAUCAAUCAGUCAGAUUGACAGUAAUCAGUCAGUUAAUCAAUCAGUCAGAUUGACAGUAAAUCAGUCAGUUAUUCAAUCAGUCAGAUUGACAGUAAAUCAGUCAGUUAAUCAAUCAGUCAGAUUGACAGUAAGUCAGUCAGUUAAUCAAUCAGUCAGAUUGACAGUAAGUCAGUCAGUUAAUCAAUCAGUCAGAUUGACAGUAAAUCAGUCAGUUAAUCAAUCAGUCAGAUUGACAGUAAAUCAGUCAGUUAAUCAAUCAGUCAGAUUGACAGUAAAUCAGUCAGUUAAUCAAUCAGUCAGAUUGACAGUAAUUCAGUCAGUUAAUCAAUCAGUCAGAUUGACAGUAAAUCAGUCAGUUAAUCAAUCAGUCAGAUUGACAGUAAAUCAGUCAGUUAAUCAAUCAGUCAGAUUGACAGUAAGUCAGUCAGUUAAUCAAUCAGUCAGAUUGACAGUAAAUCAGUCAGUUAAUCAAUCAGUCACAUUGACAGUAAGUCAGUCAGUUAAUCAAUCAGUCAGAUUGACAGUAAGUCAGUCAGUUAAUCAAUCAGUCAGAUUGACAGUAAAUCAGUCAGUUAAUCAAUCAGUCAGAUUGACAGUAAAUCAGUCAGUUAGUCAAUAAGUCAGAUUGACAGUAAGUCAGUCAGUUAAUCAGUCAGUCAGUUAAUCAAUCAGUCAGAUUGACAGUAAAUCAGUCAGUUAAUCAAUCAGUCAGAUUGACAGUAAAUCAGUCAGUUAAUCAAUCAGUCAGAUUGACAGUAAGUCAGUCAGUGCCAGGUCAGUGUAGUUCAGUGCCAGGUCAGUGUAGUUCAGUGCCAGGUCAGUGUAGCUCAGUGCCAGGUCAGUGUAGCUCAGUGCCAGGUCAGUGUAGCUCAGUGCCAGGUCAGUGUAGCUCAGUGCCAGGUCAUUGUGGGGGCGGCAGGUGGCUUAGUGGGUAAGAGCGUUGUGCCAGUAACCGAAAGGUCGCUGGUUCUAAUCCCCAAGCCGACUAGGUGAAAAAUCUGUCGAUGUGCCCUUGAGCAAGGCACUUAACCCUAAUUGCUCCUGUAAGUCGCUCUGGAUAAGAGCGUCUGCUAAAUGACUAAAAUGUAAUUGUAGCUCAGUGUAGCUCAGUGCCAGGUCAGUGCCAGGUCAGUGUAGCUCAGUGCCAGGUCAGUGCCAGGUCAGUGUAGCUCAGUGCCAGGUCAGUGUAGCUCAGUGUAGCUAAGUGCCAGGUCAGUGUAGCUCAGUGCCAGUUCAGUGCUAGGUCAGUGUAGCUCAGUGCCAGGUCAUUGUAGCUCAGUGUAGCUCAGUGCCAGGUCAGUGUAGCUCAGUGCCAGGUCAGUGUAGCUCAGUGCCAGGUCAGUGUAGCUCAGUGCCAGGUCAGUGUAGCUCAGUGCCAGGUCAGUGUAGCUCAGUGCCAGGUCAGUGUAGCUCAGUGCCAGGUCAGUGUAUCUCAGUGCCAGGUCAGUGCCAGCUCAGUGUAGCUCAGUGUAGCUCAGUGUAGCUCAGUGCCAGCUCAGUGUAGCUCAGUGUAGCUCAGUGUAGCUCAGUGUAGCUCAGUGCCAGGUCAGUGUAGCUCAGUGUAGCUCCGUGUAGCUCAAUGCCAGGUCAGUGUAGCUCCGUGUAGCUCAAUGCCAGGUCAGUGUAGCUCAGUGCCAGGUCAGUGUAGCUCAGUGCCAGGUCAGUGUAGCUCCGUGUAGCUCAGUGCCAGGUCAGUGUAGCUCCGUGUAGCUCAGUGCCAGGUCAGUGUAGCUCAGUGCCAGGUCAGUGUAGCUCAGUGCCAGGUCAGUGUAGCUCAAUGCCAGGUCAGUGUAGCUCAGUGCCAGGUCAGUGUAGCUCCGUGUAGCUCAAUGCCAGGUCAGUGUAGCUCCGUGUAGGUCAGUGUAGCUCAGUGUAGCUCAGUGCCAGGUCCGUGUAGCUCAGUGCCAGGUCAGUGUAGCUCUGUGUAGCUCAAUGCCAGGUCAGUUUAGCUCCGUGUAGCUCAAUGCCAGGUUAUUGGUCAAGGUGCUAAGAUGGCAGAAGCCCCAGUUGGGCACUUAGCAGAGGUCAUGAUGAAACUGGAAGUUUGAGGAUUUAUUCUCCUACUGGGGCUUUAUUUUCUUAUUUAAAUAGUGUACAAUACAAUUCACAAAAUACAAUAUUGAGUAGGCUAUAAUUUGUGACCAAAUCAACUCAAAUCAGUUCAAUGACUUGGUUUGAAGUUACUUAAAGUGAUUUGGCCACAAAUUAUAGCCUACUCAAUAUUGUAUUUUGUGAAUUGUAUUGUACGCUAUUUAAAUAAGAAAAUAAAUAUAUCAAGCCAAGCAAAUCUCGUUAUUUACCGUGAGGGAAUCUUAACUCUUAUUAAUCUGUGUUCCCCUCAGCUCUGGAGCUGCUGAAGGAAGCCAUCGGCAAAGCUGGCUACACUGAGAAGAUCGUGAUCGGCAUGGACGUGGCUGCCUCCGAGUUCUACAAGGACGGGAAGUACGACCUGGACUUCAAGUCACCUGACGACCCCAGCCGUUACAUCACCCCAGACCAGCUGGGAGACCUCUACAAGAGCUUCGUCAAAGAUUACCCAGGUCUGUUCGUUUCCCACGGGGGGGCCAGUAUGACAUUAAAACAAAUAUAUAAUGUAUGCACUCACUAACUGUAAGUCGCUCUGGAUAAGAGCGUCUGCUAAAUGACUAAAAUGUAAAAUGUAAAAAAUGUUGAUGCGUUCCAAACGGUACCCUAUUGCCUAUAUAGUGCACUACUUUUGUCCAGGGCCCCCCAUCACCAAGGGGGAUAGGUUGCCUGGAGUCGGCAGUGCCAUUACCACUAGAUGAAGUAUGAUUAUACUGAUCCUCAUUAUGCUGAAUCCCCAAUGGCACCCUAUUCCCUAUAUAGCACUACUACUACCCACAGGGCUCUGGUUAAUAGUAGUGCACUAUGUAGGGAAUAGGGUGCCAUUUGGACCUGACUUCUGCUACCCGUUAGAGGCCUCGUGGAUCUCCAGGGGACAUCUCCAGCCACAACUACUGUAACGCUACUGUAGCUACAACGAGCUUUGUUUUGGCUCUGAUGUAUGGGAACCUAAAGUAAAUCAGUUGAACAAUGUAUUUCUAAUUGCAGUCAAUUAGGGCUUUAGAGUUGCGUCACUCUUUCUCACCCCUUCCUCUCUCCCCAGUAGUGUGCUCCAACAUCUAACCCAUUACAACCAUUCUCCUCUGUCUUCUACAGUGGUGUCCAUUGAGGAUCCCUUCGACCAGGAUGACUGGGCUGCAUGGUCCAAGUUCACGGCUGAGACCAGCAUCCAGGUGGUGGGUGAUGAUCUGACCGUCACCAACCCCAAGCGCAUCGCCAGGGGUGUGGCCGACAAGGCCUGCAACUGCCUGCUGCUCAAGGUCAACCAGAUCGGCUCCGUCACAGAGUCCCUGCAGGCGUGAGUAACUGUCCCACACACAGUCGGCCAUUUUGGUUCAGACUGGCUCCAUCACUGAGUGGAGGGUCACUCCACUGGCAGCCAUUUUGUUGCCAUUGUUUCAGACAGUGCUGAAGGUAGGGAGACUGAUGAAAGGGGAAAAUGUAAUGGAUGUUAGUGUGGACCUUGGUGCCAAACACAUAUGGGGACAUUGUGUGUAUCAGUGGAGGCUGCUAAGGAGAGGACGGCUCAUAAUAAUGUCCGGAACGCAGCAGAUGGAAUGGCAUCAAACACCUGGACACCAUGUGUUUGAUGUGUUUGAUACCAUUCCACUGAUUCCGCUCCAGCCGUUACCACGAGCCCCGUCCUCCCCAAUGAAGGCACCGCCCACCUCCUGUGAUGUGUAUGUGUACGUUUCUGUACUAGCUAAUGAAUGUGUUCGCUGUUUCCUACGUAGCUGCAAGAUGGCCCAGACCAACGGCUGGGGGGUGAUGGUCAGCCAUCGCUCUGGAGAGACUGAGGACACCUUCAUCGCUGACCUGGUCGUUGGUCUCUGCACUGGACAGGUAGGAUACACCUUCUCAUCAGAUAACAGAUUUCAUCUGAUUACUCUUUAUCAGAUUACAUUUAUCUUAUUAGGCAGAUAUUACUACUGGUGUGACUGGUAUGUUGUUGGUUCAAAGCUCAUUAGACAGACACUUGGUUUUAUCAUUUUGUGAUCCCACUGCAAGUUCUGUCAUGAGAGCAUUGCUUUAUUCUCACCAUAGUUUUUUCAGCAUCAGCUUUUCCUGAAAAUAAUUCUGUAUUGAUACCUGGUGUUCCAGUGAACUUAAAUAACUGAUAUGUGGUGUUCCAGUUAACUUAAAUAACUAAUAUGUUGUGUUCCAGUGAACUUAAAUAACUAAUAUGAUGUGGUGUGCUGUGUUCCAGAUAACUGAAAUAACUGAUAUGAUGCGGUGUGCUGUGUUCCAGUGAACUUAAAUAACUGAUAUGAUGUGGUGUGCUGUGUUCCAGUGAACUUAAAUAACUGAUAUGAUGUGGUGUGCUGUGUGUCCUUCUCCAGAUCAAGACCGGUGCCCCGUGCAGGUCUGAGCGUCUAGCUAAGUACAACCAGCUGCUCAGGUGAGCUCCGUCUUUAAACUCUUAACUCAGCUGUAUAAAAUAUUGUCACUAGUAAUAUCAUAUGUCAUAUGUUCUUCAUUAGAUAUAUCCUUUGAUGUAAAGGAGUAGGUUUGGCCCAAAUAGAGAGCAAUAGUAAUGGCGUCUUUUUUUUAGGCUCUAACUCCGCCAUGGAUCGUUGGUCAAACCUAUGGGGAAAUGAAUGGCGUUUUUGGAUAAAGACCGAAAAUAAGGUCUGUGGUAAACACAGGCUUUAGGAGAUCUUAUAUGUUUUGUUCUUUGUGAUCAUCUUCAUCAGCUAACGUCACUUUUGGUGAAUUUUGAAGCGUUUAUGUAUUUUUAAAAAUAAUAAUUAAUAAAGGUCAUGUUAACUGACCGAUAUUAUCUCAUAGAACAAAACUUGUAAGAUCUCCUAAGCCUGUGUUAACCUCAGACCUUAUUUUUGACGUUCAUCCCAAAACCCAAUUCUUUCCCCAUUCAUUUUCCCCCAUAGGAAUGGCUAAACGAACCAGAGGUAACUCAUUUCUGGUUUUUAGGACUACAAGCUGGCGAGCUCUAUAUCGCUCAUCUUAAUGUACCAUUAUCAAGGAUAAUAGUGAGCUAUUUUAGUACUUCAACUGUUGAAACAUCCAGCCAAAUUGACUGUCUGACUACCUUCCGUAGGAUUGAGGAGGAGCUUGGAGACAAAGCUGUCUUCGCUGGCCAGAACUUCAGGCAUCCAAUC